GCGCAGCCGCACGUCCCGCCGCGAGGGGACGGAGAGAGUUCGGUUGCACCAACACCGGUACUUAGGUGCGGACCGGCGUGUCCUUGGACUUAGAGAGCGGGACGUCCGGCUUGCGAGUGGGUACCCUCGUUUCGCGCGCGACAAAAGAGCGAUUUAAAAAAUGGGUGAUGUUGAGAAGGGCAAGAAGAUUUUUGUUCAGAAGUGUGCCCAAUGCCAUACCGUGGAAAAGGGAGGCAAGCACAAGACUGGGCCAAAUCUCCAUGGUUUAUUUGGCCGAAAGACAGGUCAGGCCCCUGGAUUUUCCUACACAGAUGCCAACAAGAACAAAGGCAUCACCUGGGGAGAGGAGACACUGAUGGAGUAUUUGGAGAAUCCCAAGAAGUACAUUCCUGGAACAAAAAUGAUCUUCGCUGGCAUUAAGAAGACAGGGGAAAGAGCAGACUUGAUAGCUUAUCUCAAAAAAGCUACUAAGGAGUAAUAGUUGGCUAUUACCUUAUUUAUUGCAAAACAAAAAUGUCUCAUGACUUUUUUUAUGUGUACCGUAUUUAAAUUGAUCUCAUACACCAGAAUUCAGAUCAUGAAUGGCUGAUAGAAUAUUUUUUUUUUUUGGACAGUCCUGAUUUAAAUAAGAUUGGCUUGUGGUUAAAUGAAUAUGAUCAGCUUUUUGAACUUUGAUAGUAAUUCUGGUUCAGCAAGUGCAGUCACUUUUCCCCUUCUUAAAAUAUGAUUGGAAUUGAUUAGUAAUGUUCAGCUUUUCACAGAGAUGGUAAAUGCCAUCUCUAAACUUACAGGAGAUUGGUUUUAUAUUUAGAUUUAUAUAACUGGUUAUAUUAAUAUAUUUAAAUACUGAAGAAAUCCCUUCACUGUCUCAGAACCAGCAAGACUCAGCUGUGUUUCAAGUUGUGUUUGUUAGCCUGUAACAAGGGUUGAAGAUAAGCUGGCAGUGUCCACUUUAUCUUUUUGGUCUUAACUAUGCCAAUUUAAUUAAAAUUCUCUGCAUCUAAAAUGUUGCCUUUUGCUUAAUGAAAGGCAUUUUAGUGUGGUUUAUGUUUAAUAUUAAAGAAUAACACUUCUCACAUUUUAUAGGUGAUCUAUAAGGUCAGAUGCUUUUAAAAUUCAGUGUGACAAUAUUUAGCAGACUUAGCUUGUGAAUUCUGUACUACGACUAAGUUAUAAUUCAGAAUUGUCUUCUAAACAGCUAUGCAAAGACACAGCUGUGGAAAUACCAUAUAUGUAUGAUUGGUAAUGGUGCUUUUGCCAACUUGUUAGAAGGAUUAAAAUAAAGAGAUCUAUCAUCACAAAUUUGUAAAUUAUGUGAUGAGGCUUAAGAUAAUUAAAAACAAAAUCACAGAUC